UCGUCUUCUCUUGGAUCGACUGAAGCAGUGUGCACCGAGCCGGAUUGUUACUGUUGCUUCUGUGAUGUACCGUUUUGGCAAAAUAGAUUUCAGUAACCUGAAUCUUCCUGGUAAAAGCUCCAUCCAGCAGAUGCAGAGCUACAGCUGCAGCAAGCUGUGCAACGUACUUUUUGUGAGAGAACUUGCCAAUCAUCUGGAGGGAACUAAAGUUACCUGCUACUCUGUUCAUCCAGGUUUGGUGAACACCGAAGUGUUCCGUCAUAUGAAAUUCUUGGUGAAAAUACUUCUUAUUCCUUUGGCUGCCCUUUUCUUUCGCACUCCAGCUGAUGGGGCUCAGACUUCCAUUUACUGUGCUGUGCAAGAAGGUAUUGAGAAGUUCAGCGGUAGGUACUUCACAGACUGCAAGGUUCAGGAAGUCCUCCCUCAUGCGCGUGAUGAUGCAGUGGCAAGAAAACUCUGGGAAAUUAGUGAAAGGAUGGUUGGACUCCAGAGCCAGUAACCGUGAAGAAAGUUGUCCGAAGAACAAGGGUUUUAAAGGGUUGUCACCAUUCUUGCUAAUUUAAAUGUGAAAAACCAACUGUGCAGACAUACACUACAGAAGCUUUUUUUCACUUCUUAUAGAGUCUUCCAAAUUUCCGUGGCAAACUAAAAAGACUAGUUAAAGGCGACUAUAACUCUCAAGGCAAUAACUUCUGUUUCAAAGAAACGCUUAUAGACGUUCACUUUUAAAAAGUACCAUUUGCAACAAAAGACUUUCUAACAAACCAAAUAGAAAAACAUAAAUUUUUGCUUAACCCUUCAAUUAGCUAAUUCCAAAACCCAAAAAAAAUGAAUCGGGUUCCUUCAACUGAUUAUUCAAUAUGGGAAGGUGGUGGCUAUUUCACUUUCUAUUCCAUUUCUCGCUAGUCUUUUACAGAUGGAGAUCAAUAAAAUUAUUGCAACAAA